GCCACGUCGGAAGACCGUAUUUCAACGCCGUCACUGCUGGCGGUUUCUCUAGUUUCCUUGCCCCCCGAUACUUGCUGCCUGUUACCAACACCAGUCUUUUCGUAGUCACACAAACCUAAACACCAUCAACAUGCUUCUCCCAAAACAAACCCGGGUCAGUCUCUGGGCCCUACCCAGAACCACCAGAUGCCUAUCAACAACGGCUGUCCGCCCCUGGGCGACGCCGACGAACAGGUAUCCACCCAACGACCCCCGCGGAGCCAACCCCGUCGACGACAUCGACCUGGUCUUCGACUACCCCUCCGAAGGCCAGACCAGCCAUCAAAAGGAGCCUCUCGAGACGUCGGGCCUGGACUAUCAUUCGGCCCUACCGCACCACCCCAAGCCCGGCAUGGGCCAGAACAUCCCGGGUACCGGAAAGAUGGGUAAAGGGAUGGGGGCGACGGAUAGCAACGUCAUGUAUAGAUACAUCGGCCUUGGUGCUGUCGGCUUGGGUGGUUUGUACAUGAUGAUGCGACGACCGAAUCCCAAGAGCAAGAGCAACAUGACGCAGCCGGGUGAUCUGACUGCGCAGAAGCCCGCAGAGAACCAAAUGGAGCGGGUGCUUGGGCGCGGUAGAUGAGAACAACCAUCUGUUGGUGGUUCUGUGUGUAAAAAGGGGGUUCGAACUGGGUUGGGCGGAGGGGAUGAUAGAAAGAUUGACUAAGGAGGCUUGUUGUGUCUGCACCGUCACUUGGGCAGGACUUGUUGUUUAUAGUAUUGUGUAGUAAUAACCAGAGCUAUAUUCUCAUUC